CCAGAGGAGACACAAGAUCAUGGAGAUUAUUUUGUGGAAAGUUGUGUGUGUUGUAUUUGCUCUACUCCUAAAUGUUGCAGGCUCACUCGCCCAGCUGGAUGUGUGUGGUCGGCCUCCACUGAACACCAAGAUUGUGGGUGGUGAAAAUGCUAGUCCUGGGUCCUGGCCUUGGCAGGUCAGCUUUCAGACAAGUGGCAGCCAUUUCUGUGGUGGCAGCCUGAUCAAUCAGAACUGGGUCUUAUCAGCUGCUCACUGUUUCCAAAGGAAUGGUGCAGAUUCUAUCACAACCUUACUUGGAAUGCAAAGUCUGGACGAGACAAACGCUAAUAUGCAGAAGCUAAGCGUUAAUAGCAUUAUCAUCCAUGAAGACUAUAACCCUAAUAUUGAUAAUGACAAUGACAUUGCGCUGGUCCAGCUCGCCUCUUCAGUGACAUUCAAUGAUUAUGUCAUGCCGGUGUGCCUCGCAGCAAGCAGCAGUUCUUUUCCUGGUGGUACUAAUGUCUGGGUCACAGGAUGGGGUAGAAUCGCUUCUGAUGAGAAUUUGCCAUCCCCUGGAACCCUGCAGGAGGUGCAGGUGCCGAUUGUCAGUAACAGUAACUGUGCAAAAGCAUAUUCAUAUACUUCUAUCACAGACAAUAUGAUGUGUGCUGGCUUAGCUCAGGGAGGAAAAGACUCAUGCCAGGGUGAUUCUGGAGGUCCACUGGUAGUCAAGGUUAAUGAAACCUGGGUUCAGGCUGGGAUCGUGAGCUUUGGCCAUGGCUGCGCUUUACCUAAGUUCCCUGGUGUGUACACCAGAGUGUCUCAGUACCAAGACUGGAUUAACAGCAAGAUCAGCAGCAAUCAACCUGGAUUUGUUGUAGCCUCAAAUGGCAACCGUGGCUCUCCCAACCUCUUCUGUCUGUUCCUUUCUUUCUCCAUCAUCCCCUUCCUCCUCUCCCUCCAUUUCUUCUAUUGCUGGAGCAUUAAUUCAAGUACUUCAGAAGCAAGGAGAGGGUCAGAGGACCUACCAGAGCAAGUCAACACCCAGUGCCAUUUCAACAAACAGGAGCACAAGGAGAGACCUCCGUUUCUCAUGACACCCAGAGAUGUGGUCAGGCAUUUUAGCGACAAGUUGACUGAUUUUGAACUGAAAGAGAUCAGGGAAUACUCUGAGCUCUGGUACCUGGGCAAGGGUGAAUCGAAUGGCAACAACAUACAGGUUCCCCCUGAUCACAUAGCUUACCGCUAUGAGGUGUUGGAACUGCUUGGAAAAGGAUCCUUUGGACCGGUUUCUAAGUGUCUGGAUCACAAGACCAAUGAGAUGGUGGCUGUUAAAAUCAUUCAAGACAUGGGAACUUACAGGGAAGAGGUGGAAAUCCUCAAUAGUUUGACGAAGAAAGACAGAAAUGACAGUUACAUCGUCUCGAUGAAGACCCACUUUUACCUUCUCGGACGCCUUUGUAUCGUCUAUGAGCUCCGUGGAAACCAGAGGAGACACAAGAUCAUGGAUAUCUUUUUGUGGAAAAUUGUGUGUGGUCUAUGUGCUCUGUUCCUUAAUGCUAGAGGUUCACUCUCCCAGCUAGAUGUGUGUGGUCGGCCUCCACUGAACACCAAGAUUGUGGGUGGUGAAAAUGCUGCUCCUGGGUCCUGGCCUUGGCAGGUCAGCUUUCAGACAAGUGGCAGCCAUUUCUGUGGUGGCAGCCUGAUCAAUCAGAAUUGGGUCUUAUCAGCUGCUCACUGUUUCCAAAGCUUUGCUGCAGAUUCUAUCACAAUCUUACUAGGAAUGCAAAGUCUGGAGGGGACUAAUGUUAAUAUGCAGGAAAGAAGCACUAGUAACAUUAUCAUAAACCAAGGGUAUGACCAAACCACCAAUGACAAUGACAUAGCGCUGGUCCAGCUCUCCUCUUCAGUGACAUUCAAUGAUUAUGUCAUGCCGGUGUGCCUCGCAGCAAGCAGCAGUCCUUUUCCUGGUGGUACUAAUGCCUGGGUCACAGGAUGGGGUAGAAUUGGUUCUAGCGUGAAUUUGCCGUCCCCUGGAACCCUGCAGGAGGUGGAGGUGCCGAUUGUCAGUAACAGUGACUGUGCAAAUGGAUAUGGAACUGGUUCUAUCACAGACAAUAUGAUGUGUGCUGGCUUAGCUCAGGGAGGAAAAGACUCAUGCCAGGGGGAUUCUGGAGGUCCACUGGUAGUCAAGGACAAUGGAACCUGGGUUCAGGCUGGGAUUGUGAGCUUUGGUAAUGGUUGCGCUUUACCUAAUUUCCCUGGUGUGUACACCAGAGUGUCUCAGUACCAAGACUGGAUUAACAGCAUGAUCAGCAGCAAUCGACCAGGAUUUGUUAAAGUCACAAAUAGUGGCUAUAGUAGCAAUAAUGGCUUCCCCAACCUCUUGUGUCUGAUCCUUUCUUUCUCCAUUAUCCCCUUUCUCCUCUGUUUAGUUAAAAUUGUUCUGAAUGACAUGGGAAAGCGGAAGAUCAUCCAGAGAUCUCUGAAUGAUGCUUUCCCACACUCCUGGUAUUUUGGGGACAAGUUGACUGAUUUUGAACUGAAAGAGAUCAGGGAAUACUCUAAGCUCUGGUACCUGGGCAAGGGUGAAUUGAAUGGCAACAACAUACAGGUUCCCCCUGAUCACAUAGCUUACCGCUAUGAGGUGUUGGAACUGCUUGGAAAAGGAUCCUUUGGACCGGUUUCUAAGUGUCUGGAUCACAAGACCAAUGAGAUGGUGGCUGUUAAAAUCAUUCAAGACAUGGGAACUUACAGGGAAGAGGUGGAAAUCCUCAAUUAUUUGAGGAAGAAGGACAGAAAUGACAGUUACAACAUCGUCUUCAUGAAGACCCACUUUUACCUCCGCGGACGCCUUUGUAUCGUCUAUGAGCUCCGUGGGAGACACAAGAUCAUGGAUAUCUAUUUGUGGAAAAUUGUGUGUGGUCUAUGUGCUCUACUCCUUAAUGCUAGAGGCUCACUCUCCCAGCUAGAUGUGUGUGGUCGGCCUCCACUGAACACCAAGAUUGUGGGUGGUGAAAAUGCUGCUCCUGGGUCCUGGCCUUGGCAGGUCAGCUUUCAGACAAGUGGCAGCCAUUUCUGUGGUGGCAGCCUGAUCAAUCAGAAUUGGGUCUUAUCAGCUGCUCACUGUUUCCAAAGCUUUGCUGCAGAUUCUAUCACAAUCUUACUAGGAAUGCAAAGUCUGGAGGGGACUAAUGUUAAUAUGCAGGAAAGAAGCACUAGUAACAUUAUCAUAAACCAAGGGUAUGACCAAACCACCAAUGACAAUGACAUAGCGCUGGUCCAGCUCUCCUCUUCAGUGACAUUCAAUGAUUAUGUCAUGCCGGUGUGCCUCGCAGCAAGCAGCAGUUCUUUUCCUGGUGGUACUAAUGCCUGGGUCACAGGAUGGGGUAGAAUUGGUUCUAGCGUGAAUUUGCCAUCCCCUGGAACCCUGCAGGAGGUGGAGGUGCCGAUUGUCAGUAACAGUGACUGUGCAAAUGGAUAUGGAACUGGUACGAUUACAGACAAUAUGAUGUGUGCUGGCUUAGCUCAGGGAGGAAAAGACUCAUGCCAGGGGGAUUCUGGAGGUCCACUGGUAGUCAAGGACAAUGGAACCUGGGUUCAGGCUGGGAUUGUGAGCUUUGGUAAUGGUUGCGCUUUACCUAAUUUCCCCGGUGUGUACACCAGAGUGUCUCAGUACCAAGACUGGAUUAACAGCAUGAUCAGCAGCAAUCAAUCAGGAUUUGUUAAAGUCACAAAUAGUGGCUAUAGAAGCAAUAGUGGCUUCCCCAACCUCUUGUGUCUGAUCCUUUCUUUCUCCAUUAUCCCCUUUCUCCUCUGCAACUUCUAUCUGGUGCUCUCUUGCAACCGCUGUCUGCAUUGCUUUCUUCACAACAAAGGACAAAGGAACAAGACGACAAAAAAGUGGCUACAGGACAACUCUAGGGGACACAAGAUCAUGGAUAUCUAUUUGAGGAAAAUUGUGUGUGUUCUAUGUGCUCUGCUCCUUAAUGCUAGAGGCUCACUCUCCCAGCUAGAUGUGUGUGGUCGGCCUCCACUGAACACCAAGAUUGUGGGUGGUGAAAAUGCUGGUCCUGGGUCCUGGCCUUGGCAGGUCAGCUUUCAGACAAGUGGCGGCCAUUUCUGUGGUGGCAGCCUGAUCAAUCAGAACUGGGUCUUAUCAGCGGCUCACUGUUUCCAAAGCAUUACUGCGCCUAAAAUCACAAUCUAUCUAGGAAUGGAAAAUCUGACAGACCCUAAUAGAUCACAAAAAAGCAUUAGUAACAUUAUCAUCCACCAAGAAUAUAACAAUACCACUUUGAACAAUGACAUUGCACUGGUCCAGCUCUCCUCUUCAGUGAAUUUGACUAAUUAUGUCAUGCCGGUGUGCCUCGCAGCAAGCAACAGUUCUUUUCCUGGUGGUACUAAUGUCUGGGUCACAGGAUGGGGUAAAACCAGUUCUACUAAUCCGGUGCUCCCUCAAACCCUGCAGGAGGUGCAGGUGCCGAUUGUCAGUAACAGUAACUGUACAAACGAAUAUAGACCUAUUUCCAUCACAGACAAUAUGAUGUGUGCUGGCUUAAUUCAGGGGGGAAAGGGCUCAUGCCAGGGUGAUUCUGGAGGUCCACUGGUGGUCAAGUUCAAUGGAACCUGGAUUCAGGCUGGGAUCGUGAGUUUUGGCACUAACAAAGGAUGUGCUGUACCUGUUAUACCCAGUGUGUACACCAGAGUGUCCAAGUACCAAGACUGGAUUAACAGCAAGAUCAGCAGCAAUCAACCCGGAUUUGUCACAGUCUCAACUGGCAAUCGUGGCUCCGCCAACCUCUUCUGUCUGUUCCUUUCUUUCUCCAUCAUCCCCUUCCUCCUCUCCCUAUAAGGGCUGGUGAAUCCAUUAGGCGUCAUAGGCAGCCACCUAGGAACUCACCAAAUCCGAUUAACAGUACCGGGCCACAUUUAACAUUCCUCAUAUUUUUUCUUACCUCAGCAAAGUUUGUUUGGUCAAAUUGGUUUGUUGGCGCCCCCUAGUGCCAAUGUAAAUUAGCAGCAGUAUGUGCAAGGCUGUGUUAUGUGCAACAGGACACUCAUCAGCGGUGUAUUUUAUUUAUUUUUUAAAUAAAAUUAAAAAGUACACCAUACAUAUCAGUCAUCAUUGGUGUGUCUGUGUGACUGUGAAGUGUGUGUGAGUGUUAGUGAUGAUGAUUUAGUAUUUUUACAGCAUUAUGCAUGAUAAUCAUCAUGGAAUAAUAAUGCUGCUGACGUAUUAACGGCAGUGGCAAUCAAGAUUGUUAGUUGAGAUGCAAAAUGAAGCAAUAAAAACCAUCAGGAGCCAAAUUAAAAAAGAAAAAAGAAGAAGAGGCAAAGCGUAAAAAAAACGAAAGUAAGCUUGUUAUAAUUUCUAUAUCAUUUAUUCUUUUUGUGGUGUUAAAUUAUUUAGAUAAUGGAUUUACAAUGAAGACUGGGAUUAGUUGACUUCUGUCAACUUCUUAUUUAAAAAAUCUUAGCACUUGCUUUGUACUGAGUAUAUAAUAAGGUAAAUUUGUGUUUAUUUUCUUUUUUUGUGGUUAUGCCUGUCCACGAUGGCUAUUUAUUUUUUGUGUGUGGGUGGGUGGACGGGUUGGUGAGCUAACAUUACUGAAGUGAGCUAACAUUACUGUACUCUAGCUAUUUCAUCUGUCGUACAGAAGAACAAUAAUUAGCUUUUUUCUGUAGCUUUUACUUACUUAUUUGGAGAACUGCUUUUUCUUAGCGUGCUCAAUACUUUUUUCCUGUGUCAUUCCACUUCAUUACACAUAACUUCAUUUAUAGACUUCAAUGUUGUGGAUUCUUUAUAUUUCUGGAUUUUUUGAGUUAAUACUGAUGUCUGGUGAAAAUUUCAUGUGAAUAACCUCACUGGAAAUAUAUUUACUGAAAAAAAUGUUGUCGAGUCCAAUACUUAUUUACCCCCACUGUGUAUUCCUGUCACUUGUCGUUCUACUUAUCUGCUUAGUCUAAACUUCAUUACUAUUACACUAUUACAUCUGGUUAGAUGCUAAACUGCAUUUCGUUGUACUUGUAAUCUGUACAAUGACAAUAAAGUUUAAUCUAAUCAGUU